CGGAAGUGACGUAGCGCUCGGCGGAAGUGCCGUAGCGCGCGGCUGCCGGGAUGGCGGCGCCGAAGGUGAAGCAGGACAUGCCGCCGCCGGGCGGCUACGGCCCCAUCGAUUACAAGCGGCACCUCCCGCGCCGCGGCCUCUCAGGUUACAGCCUCUUCGCGCUCGGUGUCGGCAGCCUCCUGCUGGGCUACUACACCAUCAUCAAGUGGAACCGGGAGCGCAGGCGGCUGCUGAUCGAGGAGCUGGAGGCGCGCAUCGCGCUGUUACCGCUGCUGCAGGCAGAGUCGGACCGCAGAACCCUGCGCCUCAUGCGGCAGAACCUGGACGAGGAGGCCAAGAUCAUGAAGGACGUUCCCGGUUGGAAGGUUGGCGAGUCCCUGUUCCACACCGACCGCUGGGUGCCCCCGACGGUGGAUGAGCUCUACUACCUGCGCCCGUCUACCGAGAUGGACAACGAGAAGUUUGGGCUGCAGUACUACGUCUGAUUGGCGGCCCCAGGGGGCUGCGGGGGGCUCAGCAUUAAACCCGUGCAGGAACCCGG